AUGCUUCCUAAAAAUACCAUUAGUGAUGUUGGCACUCAAGUAUUAAAAUAAUAUAAAAAAAUGUAUGAAGAAAUAUGUUAUUGCUUAAAAUAAGAAAAAGAAGCUUCAAUUAAGGAACUUGAAAUAUGGAAGGAUAAAUACGAUACUCUCUAAAAAAGAUGUGAUAUUCUUAAUUCAUCAAAAGAUAAAUAAGAUUCAAAGAUAAAAUAAGAUUUGAAUGAUCCUAAAACUUUAAAUUAAGUGCCAAAAAUAUCUGGACAUCAAUAAAUAAAUUUAUAACCAAAUGCAGAAAAAUAAUAAUUUUAGAUAUUAAUUCAAUAACUCAAUGAUUAAAUAAUCAAAUAAAAAAAAUAGAUCUAAGAUUUAAAUGAUAAAAAUGAAAAACAUUUAAUUGAUAAUAAAAAACUAGAAAUUGAAAAUAAAAAAUAUUCUGAUUAAUUAAAUCAAAUUAGAAAAUCAUCUCAUCAUAAAAUAAAUGAUCUAUAAAUGUUAUAGUAUGAAGAUAAUAUAUAAAAAUUUAUUUAAACUAUUGAUGAAAUGAAAAAAGAUAAAAAUAAUUAUGAAAAAUAGCUUGAAAAAUUAACAAAAGAAAACUAAAUUUUAAUUUAAACUAAUGAUGAAUUAAGAAAAGUUAUUAAUGAUCAUGAUAAAGUUUAAUAAUAAAAAAAUUAGUUUUAAUUAUAAUUAAGUGAAUUUGGAUUAAAAAACAGUCAGCUAGAGAAAUUAGUUAAAGAUUUAGAAAAAUAAUAAUAGCAUUAAUAAGAUUUACAUUAAUAAACUACUAAAUAAAUUGAAGAUAAAUAAUAAGAAAUAGAAUUACUCUAAAAUAAAAUUUAGGAAUAUUAAAAAGAACUAUCAAAUUUAAAUUAACUUUAAGAAAUAUAUGAUGAAUAACAAUAAUAACUUUAAUAAUUAGCUUAAAUAAUAUAAGAAUUAGAAGGAAAACUUUAAGAAUCUACUAAAUUAAAAUAAAAUGAAUCUGGUAAGAAAUAAUUAUCAUAAAAAUAUGAUGAAUUAUAUUAAUAAUAUUCAGAUUUGUAAACUUAAGAUAUAAUGAAAUAAGAAUGGCUUAAUUUAUAAAAAUCUUAACUUGAAGAUCUAAAAUAAGAAAAUGAAUAAUUAAAUCAUAAAAUAGAUGAAGUACAAAAAUAAAAUAAUAUUUUGAUUAAUCAACUUGAAAUGAAUAAAGAUGAUACCAAAUUAUCAUUUAGUUAAUUACAAGAUUAAGUUAAUUCAUAUGAACAUAUUGUAUCUGAUAAAAACAUAGAGAUUAAUUAAUUAAAAUUAGAAUUAGCAAAAUAAAAAUGUAAUUUAUAAAAUGAUGAUUAUGAAGAAAAGAUAAAAUAAUUGAAUACUUAAUAUGAAAAAUUAGAAUCUGAAUCAAAAAUGAAAAUAGAAUGGAUGGAAAUUUAAAAUUCUGAGCUAGAAGAAACUAUUAAUGAAUAUGAAAAAAAAAUAUAAAAUUUUGUAGAAUAAUUAAGUUAAUAAAGCAAAAACAAUCCAAAAGUAGAUAAUAGUGAAAAGAUUGCUGAACUUAAGGAACAUAUUAAUUAAUAUGAACUUAUAGUUAAUAAUAAAAAUAUUGAAAUUGAUGAAUUAAACAAAUAAAUUAAAGAGAUAAAUUUAAAAUAAAAUGAUGAAGACUUUUAAAAGAAAUAUUAAAAUUUAAUAACAUAAUAUGAAAAAUUAUAAACUGAAAAUCAAAUGAAAUAAUAAUGGUAGAGUAUUUUAGAAGAGGAAUAAUAAGAUUAAAUAACUUAAUUAAAUGAAUAAUUAGCUUAAAUAUAAAAUAUAAAUUAAUCAGAAUAGAUAUAAUAACUUUAAGAUCAAUUGUUAUAAAUGAAUGAAAUGAAAACAAUUUAUGAACAAAAAUUACUAGAUUAAUAAACACUCAUAUCAAAUUUAUAAAAACAAUUAGAGUAAACAUCUGAUUAAGAAUAUUAUCAAAAGAUGAAUUAAAUUUUAUAAGAGAAUGAAGAACUAAAAUAAUUGAGAAGUGAUAAUUAAGAAGAAUUAAAUAAAAAAGACCAAAUGAUAGAAGAAUUAUAAAUGUAAAUGCUAUCAUAAUCAUAAGUAACAGGAAGUUCAGGUAUUCAAAAUUCUUAUAAAUAUAUAUAGACUUGUAAGAAAGAAAAAGAAGAUAAGAAUUAUUGGAUAAAGUUAAAGAUGAUAAAUCUGAAAAUUCAGCAUCUUCAAAUGAAUAAUCAAUAAAGAAAAUUGAUAAAUAGACAUCAGAAACUAAUGAAAAGUAAUCUCCAAAAUUAGAUUAAACCCAAGAUAUAUCUUAACCUUCGAAACCAAAAAGUGCUAAGAGUUUAGAUUUUCAAGAGUGA